AUGGCUCAAUUCAUCCCCCGCGCUGCUUUCCCGGCGCAACUCAACCUUCCGCGCUCCUAUUAUCUCGGUCAUCAUGCAUCGGGUCUGUCGAAAAUGAAGACGAUGCUUUCGUCCAUUGACCUGAUCAUCGAAUGUCGCGAUUACCGUGUGCCCCUCACAUCGCGGAAUCCCCUUUUUGAACAAUCCCUCGCAGGAAGAGAACGCUUGGUCAUAUACACAAAGAGGGAUUUAGGGAGUAAGGAUAGACCAUCUGAUAGAAGGAAAGAAGAUAUCAUCAGACAAUGGCACGCUCCACACCCUACCCUUUUCACAGACCAUAAAUCAAAAAAAGACAUGAAGACCGUUUUAAACUUUGCCAAAGAACACGCCUGGAACCGACAAUCCCUCCUCGGCUCCCGAAUUCUCGUCGUCGGUAUGCCCAACGUCGGCAAAUCUUCUCUUCUCAACGCACUGCGCAUGGCGGGGGUACAUAAAGCGAAAGCGGCAUUCACUGGAGCGCAACCUGGUGUUACGAGGAAGAUUGCCAGUGGAGUUAAGAUUGUAGAGAGGGAUGAGGAAAAGGGUACUGAAGGAGUCUACUUAGUGGAUACACCCGGUGUGUUUGUGCCAUUCGUGCCAGAUGCAGAAGCCAUGGUGAAAUUGGCGCUCGUGGGCAGUGUGAAGGAUACGAUCAUCGCACCGGUAACGCUAUGCGAUUACCUGCUAUAUCACAUCAACAAGCAACAGGGAGGAGAGACUUGGUAUGCGGAGUACGGGCCACCCACGAACGAUAUUACUGAGUUCUUGGAUGGGGUGUGUAGGAAGACGGGGAGACUGGGGAAAGGUGGUGUUCCGGAUUUGGAUGCGGCGGCCUUGUGGAUUAUACAGAGGUGGAGACAGGGGAAUUUGGGGGCGUUUACACUGGAUGAAGUUGAAGAGGAUGGCUUGAUGAAUAAGAUUAACGAGGAGGUUGGGAUAAGCGUAAAUCAGGCUAGAAAGCAGGCCAAAGAUGCACAGAGGGCGAGAGGGAAGGCGAGGCAUACUGCUGAAACUGUAUAA